GGUAUAAAACCUCAAACACUUAAACCCCUUCCUCUUCAUCUUCUUCACAUUCCCCUCUCUCUCACACACAUAGUCGCGCAUGGCUCGACGGCGUGUCGGAGAUGCGUCCGCCGAAAAUGGCAAGAACAAAGAAGAAGAAAUAGAUACAUGUAGAGCUGUAUAUAUCGACACGAAUCUCGAUACUCAUCUUGCUCUCGUUGUCUCCGAGUUUGAUUCUGUUCUCGACAUCAAAAAGAAGGUGAUGUUGGAACACCUCCAGUGUUUUCCUAAGCUUGGGGAGAUACGCAUACAAGCUUUGAAGGUAAAGCGCAAAGGCCACUUUUAUCACCUUUCAGAUUCCAUGCGGGUUAAUAGAGCAUUUGAAGGGGUAAAACAUAGUUGGUUUCUCUUUGUAGAUGCUUCCUACUCAAAGCAGCUCAGUGAAAACGAACAAUCCUGUAGACCCAACAUGAGUAACCAGUCACCAUUGCUUUGCUUACCCUAUAAUAUUGCAAAUACUGAAUGUAAUAAUGACGAUGCAUCUACAUCUGCCAUUCUUAAGUCAGCAUCAGUAGAACGUCUGAGCAACCAGAAAGCUCAGCCAAUCCCGGAGGCUUCUGGUAGAGAAUUUUUUGAAGUUAUAGUGACAAACCAUGAGUGUAGUGGCGCUGAGAUUAAAACUGUAUCUGCUGAUCUCAACAGGGUUCCAGAUCUUCCAAGUGGUGGAACAAUAGCUUCUAAUAUUCAAUGUAGUGACUCUGUAGAACCUUCCUCAGAAACUGGGUUGUCUGUAAAAAAGAAAAAGCAAAAGAUUAAGAAACACAAUGUUGAUGAAUUAGGAGACUGCCUUACAAAGGAGAACAUUGCUUUAAGUCAUGUAUCUGGUGGAGAAGCAUUAUGCCAUGAGAUUUUGCUUUCUACAAAUAUGGUAGUUAAUGCGGAGAAGUCAGAAAGUAAAGGAGAUGCUCUGCUAGAAAAUAAUGGUUUAUUUUGUAACCCUACUCAAAUGACUUCUAAAGAGGCGACUAUAUUACCCAAAGGCCAGUGUGAUAGUCAAAUAAUUGCAUUAAACACUAUAUCUCCUGAAUCUACUGAUGCAGACCAGACGCCACUGAAUUUACGCAUUGAAAAUAUGAAGAGCAAGAAGAAGAGGAAGAGAGAUGAAAUGGAUUUGCCAAGUCCUGAUGAUCAUGAAAGGGCCAACAUUCCUUCAAAUUUGCUGAUAAAUACAGAGAAAAAAGAGCACAAGGAAAUUGGAGAUCCUUCGAAAGAAAAUAAAGUUCCAGUUUCUACUUCUAAAGAAGAGAUUGAGUUGCCAAGAAACUUCGAAGAACAGAAUAAUAGUGCAAAUAUAGUGCUGGAUACUUUAUCAUCUGAACCUGCUGAUACUCCGCACUUAAGAACCAAACCGGAUAUCAAAAAUAAGAGGGGCGAGAAGAAAGGGAAAAAAGAUGUAAAGCGGAAGAAGGAUGUGACAUUCAAUCUACCAAGUGCUGCUGUGUUGCCUUUGUGUGUUCAAGAUGCAGGGGUUGAUGAGAGCUUUCAAGAAAAGAACAAUUUUUUAAAUCAUGUAUCUGGUGAGGAUGAAUCACAGCAUGAGGUCCCAUCUGCAGAGAAGACUGAAAUUGUAGGAACAAGUGGAGAUGCUUCGAAAGAAAAUAAAGUUUUAGUCUCUACUAAUGAGACUUCUACACAAGAGAUUGAGAUGAAAGAGAAGUGUCAAAAAAUUGUUGUGGAUACUUUCCCAUCUGCAGCUGCUGACAGUGAGCACGUAAAAACGGGAACCGGCAUUAAAAGUAAGAAGAACAAGAAGAGGAAGACAGAUGCGGUAAUUAAUAUAUCAAAUUCCGCAAAAGAUGCUGGGGGAGGGGAGAGUUUAAAUGAUAAGAAAAGUGCUUCAAAUAAUGUUUCUGCUGGAGAUGAAGUGCACCAUGAGAAUGCUGUCCUUGCAAAUUUGUCGGUAGAUGGAGAGAGGACUGAUUGUGAGAAAAUCAGAGAUUCUUCAGAACAAGAUAAAAAAUCAUUACCUUCUGAGAAGACUUUUACACGAGGGACUGGAUUAACUGGGAACACUGUGGAAGACCGGCGUCCAGUCGUAUCUGGCACUAUAUCUCGUGAAUCUGCUGAUAACGAGCAUUCAAUAACAAACUCAAGCAUCAAACAUAAGAGGAAGAAAAAGAGUAAGAAGGAUAUGACAGUCAAUAUAUCAAGUGCGAUUGUGUUGCAUUCAUCUGCUCAAAAUAUUGUGGAGGAGGAGAGUUACACGGAAAAGAACAUUGCUUUGGAUAAUUGUUCUGGUAAAGAUGAAUCCCACCAAGAAGUUGCUGCCCCUGCAAAUUUGCUGGUAAAUUCAGAGAGAACAGAACUCGAGGAAUCUAGUGGGGAUCAUUUAGAACAAAAUAAAGGUUCAGUGUCUAAACAUAAAAAUUCUUCUGCACAAGAGAUGGAUUUGAAAUUAAACUCUGUACAAGAUCAGGAUAAUAGUCAAAACGUUGUAUCAGACACCCUAUCUCCUGAAUUUGCUGAGAGUGAGCAUCCUGGAGCCUAUUCAGACAAUAAAAAAUUGAAGAAAAAGAAAAGGCGGAAGAUGGAUGCAGCUUCCACUUUAUCAGGUGCUAAUGUCCUGCCUUCAUCUGCUCAAAAUGUUGUGGAGGAGGAGAGUUACAAGGAAAAGAACAUUGCUUUGGAUAAUGGUUCUGGUAAAGAUGAAUCCCACCAAAAAGUUUCUGCCCCUGCGAAUUUGCUGGUAAAUUCAGAGAGAACAGAACUCGAGGAAUCUAGUGGGGAUCAUUUAGAACAAAAUAAAGGUUCAGUGUCUAAACAUAAAAAUUCUUCUGCACAAGAGAUGGAUUUGAAAUUAAACUCUCUACAAGAUCAGGAGAAUAGUCAAAACGUUGUAUCAGACACCCUAUCUCCUGAACUUGCUGAGAGUAAGCAUCCUGGAGCCUCUUCAGACAAUAAAAAAUUGAAGAAAAAGAAAAAGCGGAAGAUGGAUGCAGCUUCCACUUUAUCAGGUGCUAAUGUCCUGCCUUCAUCUGUUCAAGAUGCUGCUGGAGAGGAAAGUUUGAAGGAAAAAAACAUUCCUUUACAUGAAGAUCAAUCUCGCCAUGAGACUGUUACCCCUGCAAAAUCUUUAGUCAAUGCAGAGAGGCCAGAACAGGAAGAAAUCACUAGAGACCCUUUGGAAAAAGGUAAAGAUGGUUUCAAUGCUACCAGCACAAGUAUUGAAUUAAAUUUGGAUAGUGAUGCUGCACCAAUCUCUAAUACUAAUGAUUCAGUUAAUGUCCAGUCUGCGAAAAUGAUGGAUGACAAAUCUAAGAGGGAUCAAGCUAUCUUGAUAACUCCAAGCCAACCAGCAGUGUCGAAAAGUGAAAGUGAUAGGAUUGACCUCAAGCAUUACCUUCUGUCUGGAAAAACAGAGGACGUUGCUGAUUCUGUCAAAAGUGGAAUAAAAAGAUCAGAGAGGGACGACAAAACAAAGAAAAAGACAAAGAAAUCGACACCCACUUUAUUGACAUCACAUGAUCAUACACUUACUCUCCAGUCUUCAAAAAAUCUAGAGGGUGGAGUUAAAUCUCAUAAUAAAUGCUCUAGUGACAUUGAUCCUCAAGAAUCAUUUUCAAAGGAUGCAAGUAGCGGAUCUCAUCCUCCCUCCAAGAAGUCGACUUCAAAUGUUUAUCAAAAAGAGCCUUCUAGCUCCUUGGGACCAGACAAAGCCAGAACUCCUCACUCAGUAUUGCUAGCCAGUGGCAGAGGUAUUUUUGUAAACAGUACACCUGCCACUGCUUAUAGAAAAGGGAAAAAUGUAACUCCAGCUGCAUUAGGCUCAAGCUCUGAAUCUUUUGACAAAUUGGACCGGGGUACAAAAAGUAAGAAUCGUGUAUCAACUGCUGACCGUCGUGUUGUUUCAUGUGCAAAAGGUACUAGUGAAGUCAAGAGCAGGCCACUACAAAAGAAGAGCUUGCUGACUAAAGCAGGUUCCAUCUUCAAGGAUGAUAGUAGUGACAGCUCAGAUAAUGAUGAGGCCAGUGAACAUUUUAAUGCUCGCACCUCAUCUGAAGAUGUACUAUCCUCUGAAUCAGACAGGGAAAGCGACAUAAAUCUGGACUCGCCGACAAAAGGAUCUAGUGGUUUGGACAAAAAGGAAGACGCGGAAAACAUAGAGAAAAAGAGAUCAAACUUGAGAAACACGACAAUGGAUAUGAUUCUCAGAAGUUCAAGCCGAUACAAAAAAGCUAAACUUACAGCUGAAUCACAACCCGAAGUGGAAGAUUCUGAAAGCCAGCCUGUCGAUUGCGUUCCUGACAGUCAAGCAAUUUGAGUCGGGGUUUGGCAGUUUUGUUUAAAUCAUCAUUUAGAUAAGCAAAUUUUGAAACUGUUGAAGUUUAAACGGUAAAACUAUUUUUUGUUCUUGAAUGGUUUGUGAGUUCCUCGAAUGGUAUGCAAGUACGUGUGAUACAUUAUUGUCUUUUACGGGAUGUUGAUAUGUGAACAGUGUAAACUUUCCUUUAACAUUCUGUCGUUCAGAAUUGUGUUCAGUUACUUUUUA